UUGACAAGGUGUAUUUUAAACUGGUAUGCCUUCUUUCCCAAAUUUUUAUUUCGAAAGAAGCCGCUCUUUUCAUUUUAGUUUGCUGAUGCAUCGUUGAAAGGCGCUUGCAUACGUUCGUCUUCGGACGCUUGCUGCUUCUGAUCUAUCUCAACAUGUUUAUUGUUAUAAUUCAUGACAAAAAUUAUGUUCAUUGUGUUAUAUGUCAAUGGUGUUGGUUAAUUUUUCAAAACAGAAUUAAAAGUGAGAAAUCCGUUCAAUUUCCAAUGAAAACGUUGAAUAUAUAAUACCGCAACAAUUCCUCAAAUAUAAUAGGCAUGAUGCCUUGACAGGAGAAUCUUCACUCUUGAAUUCGUUGGGUUUAUUUAAUAAACGAGUUGACUUUCGGUUGACAGAGCUGGCUUAAACAAAAAAGUAUCAAGUGCCGUUUAACAAUGUCUGUCACAGAAACUACAGUUAUUUUCGCCAAAUUAGAGGCGUUGAAAGAUAUCAAAUCAAAGACCCUGCAGCUGGAGAAAAUGAAGCAAAGAAUAUUGCAAGAGGUAGAGCAAACUGAACAAGAAGAAAAAUGUUUAUUGGAAUACAAGCAGGAAAUGGACCUUCUUAUGCAAGAAAAGAUGGCACAUGUUGAAGAAUUACGACAGAUACAUGCAGAUAUUAAUGCGAUGGAAACUGUUAUUAAGCAAGCAGAAGAAGCUAGGAAUAAAGCAAGGGAAACUGCAAAAUUGAUUCAUAAUAAUGAUUAUCAACCUUUGAAACAUGAUAUUGAUCGUAUGCGCAGAGAAUUUUUGGGGUUGGAAAGAUUACCAGAAUUAUAUGAAACAGAAUCUGAUCUUAUUUCACCAGACUAUUUUGAACGUCCAAUGCAAAAAGCAGAAUGGAGGGUAGAAGUCAGAGGUGAUGAUUUAUUACCUCCUCUUACUUUACACCAUCCUGGCCACCCAGGUGGUUCCACACCUUUUCUUGCUCCUCAACCUCUUCAGGGUCCAAGUAAACCAGAACCAAGACCAUUACCACCAGCCCCGGGUCCACCGGCUCCAACAUUCAGGUACCACUGGCAACAACCACCACCAAUGAAAUCAUGUUUAUCAUGUCAUCAACAAAUUCAUAGAAAUGCACCAAUUUGCCCUCUAUGUAAAGCUAAGUCUCGAUCGCGUAAUCCUAAGAAGCCAAAGAAAAAAGACUAAUUUUCUACAACCCUAUAAUGUACUGUAAAGAACUCUAUUCUCAACCUCUAUCAACAGCAACAUAGGUGGAUAUAAUAGGUAAUAAUUCUAUAACAGAUAUAAAUAAAACUUAAUGUUUUACGAUUUUCAUAAAAAAAAAUUGUAAAGUUUAGUAAUUGUCGUUUACAUAAACAGAAAACGUUUUAUUACAA